AUGAGUGCGCUCAUCGACCUGUUCGCCGGAUCCCUUGGAGGUUUGUUCACUCCUUUUAAGUCUCUGAAAUGGUUGGAAUUGGUUGGGAGAGUACAGUAUUUUAAACUAGAAUUUGUCUCCAACAAAGUCUAUUCCUUUCCUUAUUUCUCGCACUUUUGUGAAGUUUUUGAGCAAAGAGUUUGAGUGAAUGUAGUCGAAACCGACUUUCACUGAAUCAAUCGAAUCCCAAAGUUUCGUUUUUCAAAAGCUAACCCGAAUCUAGCGAAAAAACUCAUUAGCACAGCAUAAUUCUGGAAACCGCAAUCCCAAUCUUCUUGAAGAAUCAAAAGAGCGGUCGUCUGACUCACUCACUUCUAUUUCUGCCAAAAAGUUUAUCAAACCAUUUCCUGUCGCGGCGCCAAUGAAAUUUCAAAAGUCAGUUGUCGGUUUUCGUUGAAAAAGCUGUCGAAGUUCAUCCCAAUCACCCUCUCCAAUCAUUCCAUUCUCUCUUUUACUUCUUCUCCCUUCCUCUCCCUCUCGAAUCUCAUUAUCUUAUCAUUAUCUUGUAAAAGGAUAGCGACAAGUGGUCAUAAAUAUGCCGAAUACCUUGUUUUGUGUCGAAUGAUUUCGACCACGUGACUAAAAAUUGAGAAAAAGUUUGAAAAAGUUUAAUUAGAGAAGAAGGGCAAGGGAACUGGAGACUAGGGACCAAUACAGUCUAGAGAUCACAAGGUUUUAUGGAAAUGUUUCAGGAGCCGCCGGAGUGCUCGCCGGACACCCUCUGGACACCGUCAAAGUCCGCCUGCAGACCCAGAGUGCGGCGAAUCCAGUGUACCGUGGCACGUUCCAUUGUUUCCGGACGAUUGUGCAGAAGGAAGGAGUGCACGGCCUCUACAAGGGUGAGCUUUUCACAAAUUAAUUCACGGAUCGACUUGCGUGAACUAGAAAGACCGCUUCGCCUUUUCUGAUUCUGUCGCCGACAAACCGUCGCAAUCCGUCGAAAACGCGCUCCUAUAUCAGCGUUGUAAAUCUUCGCCCCUUUCGCCCACUUGAAAACCACAUCAAAGACCUUCUUAUCACGGAAUAUCCAAAUGGAAGGGGACAAAUUGGACACUUGUUAAAUCAACAAAAACAAUUUCUUCGCAGGCAUGUCAUCGCCGCUGCUCUCGCUGUCCGCCAUCAACGCCAUCGUGUUCGCAGUGCACGGCACCGCGUGUCGUCAGCUGAAAGAUCCCGACUCGAUCAGCUCGCACUUCAUCGGAGGAGCGGCCGCCGGCGUGGCGCAGAGUGUGGUCGCGUCGCCGACGGAGCGCGUGAAACUUCUGCUGCAGAUCCAGGACGACACGGCACACAACAAAAUGAGUGGACCGAUCGACGCCACGCGACAGAUGAUCAGAUCGCACGGGCUGAAGUCGUUGACCAGGUGAGCACAGAAGUUUUCCUUUUCAUAGUCACGUAGUCGGUCGCAUUCAAUGCAGUCACACGUUCCAAAACAUAAAAAAAUGUCAGUAUUAGUUUUAUUUUCAAAUCACUUGAUGAAUUGGUGUCACAUGCGCCGCUCCCUUCGGCCCGUCAUUCAUAAUCUUUGUUAUGAUCAUUCCUGUUCAUCAGAUGACGUCAAUUGAUCGAAAAAGUUAAUUUCAGAGGGUUCCUGGCAACGGUGGCCCGUGACGCGCCCGCAUUCGGCGUUUACUUCGCCUCGUACGAGUGGAUGGCACGCAGCAUGUGCAAAAACGGAAAAACGGAGACCCUCAACACGAUGCAACUGCUUCUGGCCGGCGGCGGAGCAGGCAUGCUCUCGUGGCUCUUCAACUACCCAACCGAUAUCAUAAAGUCGCGAUUCCAGGUGAGCACUUGAAUGGGCUUAUCUGUUUUGACACUCUGUGUUGUGUAGGCGGAUAACUCGUACAAGUCUUACCUGCAUUGCAUCCGACAGACUUAUUCCGAACGGGGACUCAGAUCCUUCUUCAUCGGAUUGAACUCGGCACUCAUCAGGUUAGUCCAAUUCGGAUCCUUUGAGAAAUUGAACUCUUCUUUUCCAGAGCAUUCCCCUCGAACGCCGCCACCUUCUUCACUGUAGAAUGGACCUACCGGCUACUCCUUGACUUCAAUCUGCUCAACGUUAGAGAAAAGGCCGAACGGAUUGUGGCCACUGCCGAGAGCCAACUCUUACCGGUAAGCAAUUUUUAGUGCUCAACAAAACGUCCUCAUGCUUCUUAUGCCACGCUAACCCGUAUUUGCAUGUGCUAACACCCUAAGCUGGCCCCAGAAGUUUGUUUGACCUGAGACCCAGACAGUACAUAGAUCCAACCGUUGGAGACAUCUCACAUCCAUAUCUGCUAAUGCUGAUGAAUGCAGCGGGUGCGGGAAUUUCGAAAACCUCUUCGUCUUCCCACUUUUCUGUUCUAACCUUGUAAUUCUAAAAGUGUGAAGCAUGUGCAAUGGUUGCUGUUUCAGUUGACACCCAUUCUGCAACCACCACCACCUUCAGCACCCAGAAAAGAGCAUGAAAGAACGUUUAUCACCACUUCGCAUGAGGUAUUUGUUGAGCAUCAGACUCGUUUCGAAAACUAUUUCGACUUUUGCAGAAGUGCAAACGUCUGCUGACACAAUCGGACUUCUGGGGCACCAACGCUCACUUUCUGCUGCCGGAAGCGGGCUCCACGAUCGUCGACCCGAUGAUGCUCCACGGCUACCGAUUAUUUUAA